CACACAGGAGAGAAGCCCUUUGAAUGUCCUGACUGUGGGAAAAGUUUCAGUACAAAUUCCAACCUGGUGACACACCAGAGAAUUCACACAGGAGAGAAGCCCUUUGAAUGUCCUGACUGUGGGAAAAGUUUCUAUGAUAAUUCCAGCCGGGGGAGACACCAGAAGAUUCAUACAGGAGAGAAACCCUUUGAAUAUCCUGAUUGCAGGAAAAGUUUCAGUCAGAGUUCCAAUCUGGUGAAACACCAGAGGAUUCACACAGGAGAGAAGCCCUUUGAAUGUCCUGAAUGUGGGAAAAGUUUCAGUACAAAUUCCAACCUGGUGACACACCAGAGGAUUCACACAGGAGAGAAGCCCUUUGAAUGUCCUGAUUGCGGGAAAAGUUUCAGUGAGAAUUCCAGCCUGAUGACACACCAGAGGAUUCACACAGGAGAGAAGCCCUUUGAAUGUCCUGACUGUGGGAAAAGUUUCAGUACAAAUUCCGGCCUGGUGACACACCAGAGGAUUCACACAGGAGAGAAGCCCUUUAAAUGUCCUGACUGUGGGAAAAGUUUCCGUCAGAGUUCUUAUCUGGUGACACACCAGAGGAUUCACACAGGAGAGAAGCCCUUUGAAUGUCCUGACUGUGGGAAAAGUUUCAGUACAAAUUCCAACCUGGUGAAACACCAGAGGAUUCACACAGGAGAGAAGCCCUUUGAAUGUCCUGACUGCGGGAAAAGUUUCCGUCAGAAUUCCUAUCUGGUGACACACCAGAGGAUUCACACAGGAGAGAAGCCCUUUGAAUGUCCUGACUGUGGGAAAAGUUUCAGUACAAAUUCCAACCUGGUGACACACCAGAGGAUUCACACAGGAGAGAAGCCCUUUGAAUGUCCUGACUGCGGGAAAAGUUUCAGUGAGAAUUCCAGCCUGAUGACACACCUGAGGAUUCACACAGGAGAGAAGCCCUUUGAAUGUCCUGACUGCGGGAAAAGUUUCUAUAAUAAUUGCAGCCUGGUGAGACACCAAAGAACUCACACAGGAGAGAAACCGUAUGAGUGUCCUGUUUUGGAAAUCGUUUCUGUUGGAAUUCCAGAGUGAUGAUACACCAAAGAACUCACACAGGAGAGAAACCAUACAAGUUUGUCACAUCCGCAGCAUAUGAAUCCAAUUCAGAAGAGGCUCAGAGAGACACCUCCUUAAUUCACAGGAGUAUAAGAACAGGGAUUAGGUUAUAAAGAAGAUAAUUUGCAUGUUUUUUCACUGAUAAAGAAAAACACGAAUCAACUUAUCAAACCAGAACUGCAACUGACUGGUUAGGAAUGCAAAUUAGAAUACGGAAAAAUAAGGUAAGAGAACAGCUGUCAGCUCUAGACCAAUUCAAAUCACUGGGUUUGGACAGGCUACAUCCCAGAGUUCUGAAGGAACCAGCAAAGGUGAUUUCAGAACCACUGAAAUAUGUUUCAAAGUCCUUGGAACACGGGGGUACUUUAGGUAGACCUCAACUUACAAGAGUCCAUUUAGUGACCGAAGUUACAAUGAUACUGAAAAAAGAGAGUUAUGAUCAUUUUUCACACACGACCGUUGUAGCAUCCCCCCCAUGGUUGUGUGAUUUAUGUUCAGAUGCUUGACAACUGACUUAUAAUGGAUCCAGUGUCACAGUCAUGUCAUUCCCUUUUGUGACCUGCUGAGUGGCAAAGUCAAUGGGGAAACCACAUUCACUUAAC